GAAUUGCAGAUCGAUAUGUCGGAUGCGAACCAAAAAAGGUCUGCUGUCUUGAUCCACAGGCGCUGGAACGAUAAGGAAACUCUCCUCCAAUCGGUGAUGGGUGAUGGGAUCAUAUGCGCGGAUCGAGAACUUUUCCUUGGGGAGCGGGCUGUAAUAGGGGGUGGUAAUUUUGUUAAUGAAAUCAUGGUACUCAACAUGCAGAACUUGGUGCUUCUGGCAGCAUUGGUCUUCAUCCCCGGGGUAACACCUUACCCCUAUGGACCACCAUUGGGAGCUUGUAUGAGCAUGUUUCCCAAGGGUCACGGAGUGGAAGCUCAAAAGUCGCCCCCGCCUUUCGAAAUACUGGUAAACUCAACGUCAUACAGAGCGGGUGAUGUUAUUCAAAUCACAAUAAAUACGACUGGUCUCCACGGGGUGUCGUACUAUGAAGGCAUGAUGAUACAGGCCCGUAGGUCCGCCUGUGGCCUCGACAAACCGACCAAGAGCCACGGGAAUUUCUCUCUACAGGCCAACGAAUGGUUCCUCGAUACCAUGGACUGUGAAAGCAAUCCACAGAGCGCCGUGGUGCACAAGAACCACAGUCACGUGGAGAGCAACGUGUUUUAUUGGACGGCCCCGGCGCCCACAGGCCACAUUUAUUUCAUAGGUACCAUAGUGAAAAACAAGACCUUGUUUUGGACCAAUGUUCUCUCCCCGCUCAUCAAAGACGUGACCUCCAACGAAGAGGUCAAGGCCUGUAGUGGCGUGACCUCCAUUCACGGCUGCCCUCUGACCUCAAUCAUCAUUCUACUUUUCUCCGCCAUUUUAUUUUUACGAUGAGAGAAUUAAAACAGCAAUUGCAUGUACAUAAUUGCCUACAUAAAUAAUGUGAUUGACCGGUAACUUAGUAGAAUUAUUAUUAGCUUGAAUCUAACAUAUCUGCGUAAACUAUAACUUUUAGAAAAGUUCAUUUGACCAAUGGCCCCAAAAUGCCUGUUAUCAUGGCGCUAGUGUUUACUAUUUUGACCAUGUCACAGGAGUUUACAUGUAUUAAUGUUAUUGUUGAUGUUCAUUAAACUUUUAUUUCAAUAAAUCAAUUUUCUUGGCGAA